AGGGAAAACACGUUUUUGUGUUCUCGUGUUUAAAAAAGAAGCAUUCUAAAAAAACGACAACGUAGUCGUCCAGUGCCCUGCGAGUGUCUCUGUGUGCGAGGUUGUUUUCUUGCUGCCUCCAUGCUCACGGCGUGCCGACAGCAGUCGGACUCCGCACAUCACCUGGAUCCACUCGGGUCUCGCCGCAGAAUGGAGGUGCCCAGGGGCAUCUUGCUGCUGCUCCUGACCUGCAGGCUUGUCGCCACGACCGCAGCCAGCCACCCGGACAAAUGUCCCUCGGAGAACGAGCCAUGGUGGACCAGUUUUGCCCCGGCGGGCACGGUGGAUCUGCCCACCUUCUCCUCCGCCACGGCCAUCCAGCACGUGGCAACCGACGGAGACCACCUGUACGUGGGCGCAGUGGGAACGGUGUACGUGCUGGACUCCGACCUGACGCUCGUUCACGAGAUCCCCUUCGGCAACGUGACGUGCGAGAACCCGGCGGCGCCAGGCCCUCCCCCGGCCGGUGACAACCUCAACCUGGUCACGGUGGUGCACAAGAGCACCGACUACCAUUUCUUGCUCACGUGCUGGAGCGCGCAGCGCGGGGUGUGCCUGCUCCACACGCUCGACGAGCUGCCGCCCGCCGGGCCGCCCACGUGCCUCAACGGCGGCGACGGCGGCGACGGCGGCUGCCCCGACUGCUUCGCGAGCGCCGCCAGCACCGAGGUGGUGGUGAGGGAAGACGGCGGGGCCCAUUUCUUCGUGGGCGCCUCCACCGACCCGUCGGUGGCCGACGCCGCCUCGCCCGCGACGCUGUCCGUCAAGCAGCUGCUGGGGAAGGAGGACGGAUUCAAGUUCUCGGUGGGGCACCUGCCGUCGCUGACGGUGCUGCCCGAAUUCCGCGCCGCCCACCAGGUCCGCUACGUGACGUCGUUCGGCAGCGGCGGCUACGUCUACUUCGUGACGGUGCACCCGGGCGCGCGCCACGGAGGGGGCACGCAGACGCGCAUCGGGCGGCUCUGUGAGGCCGACCACGGGCUGCAGUCCUACGUGGAGCUGCCGCUCGUCUGCCUGCUCUCGGAGAAGCGCAGGAAGCGCCGCCAGGCCCCCGGCAAAGUAGCGGCACAGGCGCCGGCAGAAUCGGCGAUAUUCACCUCGAUGGCGGCAGCGUUCGUCGCCCGCCCGGGCAGCUGGCUCGGCGUGCAGCUCAACGUGCGCGCGGGGGAGGACGUCCUGUUCGGCGCGUUCAGCGAGACCGGCGCGACAGCCCGCUCCGGGAUCUGCUCCUUCCCCUUGAACAUGAUCAACGAACUCAUCGGGCAAGGGAGGGACACGUGUGUCAACGAAGAGCGCGACAGGGGCAUGCAGUACUUCUUUGGGCCCGGCGAGCGCAAAUGUCAAAAGAGAGCGGCGCCCGUCAGCCCGUGCGGCUCGGACAACGACUCCCCGCUGGUGCUGGCGUCCGACAUGACCCGCUACGACAUGUUCCCCAACCUGUUCAAGGACACGGCCGUCACCUCUCUGGCCGUGCACGCUCUCGGCAACGACACGGUGGCCAGCGUGGGCACACGCGACGGGCAGCUCGUGCAGGUAUUGAUGGAUCGCCACCGCGUCUACGAGCCCUACGUGAACAUUACGCUGGACAAGGGCAAGGAGGUGUUGCCUGCAGCCAUCGUUCUUCCCCACAGUGGCGUGUUUGUCGUCGCUGGAAACAAGGUGACACGGAUACCGCCAGAGGGCGUAGGGUGCGCACACCUGCUGGCGUGCGACGCGUGCGUCCGCGCGCCUCCCUUUGCGCGCUGCGGCUGGUGCAGCACGGGGACGUGCUCGCAGAGCUUCGAGUGCACGGCGGGGGGGCGCUGGAGCUCGGACUCCUGCCCUCCGGUCGUCUCCCAGUUCUUUCCUACUUCGGCGCCGGUGUCAGGAGGCACGCGGCUCACGCUGUGCGGGAAGCACCUGCUGGAGAUCACGGACGACAUCGCGAGCAGGCGCCAGGAGGAGACCGCCGUCACUGUCGGAGCGGUGGACUGCAUCCUCGAUCGUCAGAACAGCAACGACACACUCCUGGUGUGCGUCCUGGGGCCGACGAGCAGUCGGGAGAAGCUCGGCCGCGUCGUGCAAGUGAACGUCACCACCCCCAGGGGGGGCUCCACCCUCGUGGAGGGAUUUGAAUUUGUGGUCCCAGAGGUGACAAAGAUCUCGCCCGCGUUUGGCCCGCUUUCCGGGAUGACUCUGCUCACGCUGGAGGGGAAACACCUCUCCGCCGGCUCCGAUCGGCAGGUCCUAGUCGGAGGCAAGCCCUGCCUCGUUGUCAGCUUUACAGAAACAACGAUCGUGUGCACCACUCCCAAGCACACCGCGCUGGAAGAACUUCCCGUCGUCUGUAAGAUCGAUGACUCCAUGUCCCCCACCCAAGCGUUCCGCUACCGCCCGGACCCCAACAUCUCCAGCAUCCACCCCAGCAGCAGCUUCAUUGGCAGCGGGGACUGUCACGUCAACGUGUUCGGCUCGAAUCUCGACUCGGUGCUCCACCCCCAGAUAGUCAUCCAGGAGUCGAGCACAACGGGGAGCACCAAGGACUGUGUGGUGAUGGAACAUGGCUUGGAGAUGUUGUGCCUGGCUCCCGAGCCUGCACAGGGCCCAGGCAUCGCGCAGCUCACCUUCAAGUUUGACAGACUCAACGUGGGCAGCUUCAGCAUGACCUACCUCAAGAAGCCGCCCUUCUUCAUGCUGCCUAUCGCCAACCCCACCGUGAUCACCACCUCCGGCUCCCAGAUCAACAUCACCAGCGAGGCGCUUGCAAAGCUGGUGCAGUUGUACCAAGUGACGCUGAUGGUGGACACGUGGAGGUGCGGUGAUGUGACCGUGGGCCCCACGUGGGUGUCGUGCAAGAUCCCAGGGGAAGCCAUGGCUGAGUCAACCAGAGACAGCCUGCCGCUGUCGGUGAACCUGUGUCAGCUGAAGCGCAUCCUCGAGGAGGUGAAGCUGCCACCGCGCCACAACCACACAGUGGGCGUCGUCGUCGGCCUCCUCAUGGCCGCCCUGGUCAUCGCCAUCGCCGCAUUCGCCGUGCUGCGCGCCCAACGCUUCAGGAAGAAAGGCUCCAACCACGCGGCCGUGAAUGGACAUCCCAACCUGGAGCUGUUGUCAGAGGAUCGGCGAAACAGCCGCGUGGAGGUGUCCACCCUACUGCGGCCCAACACCGACUACAGGGAGCCUCUCCUGAGCGAGCAUGAACUUGCCAGUGCGCCGUCAGGCUCCGCCGAGUCAUGGGGCACGGUGUUCAGCCCCGGCUACCGGGUAGGGGACCGAGGGGGGGUCGGGGGGGUCAGGCGGAUGACCUCGGUGGAGGUGCUGAGGCUCGACCUCCUGAACCCCGCGCUGCUGGACGAGGUGCGGCCCGUGCUCAUCCCAGAGUCGGAGCUGAGCGUGCACGGAGAUCGCGUCAUCGGCAAGGGUCACUUUGGCUGCGUUUACCAUGGCUCUCUGAAAGACUCUAAAAGCAACAAGGAGAUCGUUUGUGCCGUGAAGUCCUUGAACAGGAUCACGGAGGUGGAGGAGGUGGAGCAGUUCCUGCGAGAGGGCAUCAUCAUGAAGGGCUUCCACCACCACAACGUGCUGUCGCUCCUCGGCAUCUGCGUGCCCACCCACGGUCUGCCUCUCGUCGUGCUGCCCUACAUGCAGCACGGAGAUCUGUGCCACUUCAUCCGCGACGAGGAGCGGAAUCCCACGGUCAAGGACCUCAUAGGAUUUGGUCUCCAGGUGGCCAAAGGCAUGGAAUACCUGGCACUCAAGAAAUUUGUGCACAGAGACCUCGCUGCACGGAACUGCAUGCUCGACGAGACGUUCACGGUGAAAGUGGCGGACUUUGGGCUGGCGAGGGACGUGGUGGACAAGGAAUACUACAGCGUGACGGCGCACCGUGGCGCCAAGCUGCCCGUCAAGUGGAUGGCGCCCGAGAGCCUGCAGACUCAGAAGUUCACCACCAAGUCCGAUGUGUGGUCGUUUGGCGUGCUGGUGUGGGAGCUACUGACGAGGGGGGCCUUCCCCUACUCCGACGUGGACCCCUACGACCUCACGCCCUACCUGCUGAGGGGCCGCCGCUUGCUGCAGCCCGAGUACUGCCCCGAUGACUUGUAUCAACUGAUGCUGGAGUGCUGGAGCCACAAGCCAGAGAUGCGGCCCACGUUCACGUCGCUCAUCUCCGAGCUGACUUCCACGCUCGAUGCGCUCGAAGGAGACCACUACAUCAACCUCAACGUCACCUACAUCAACCUGGACGCGCCGUACGCCUACCGCAGCGCUCUGCCGGCCCUCGACUCUCCCCGGGAGCUCUACAACACGCCGAGCGUUCCUCCCUGUCCGCCCGAUGACAAGGACAGUGCUGCUGUGAAUGGCAGCACUGCUGUGGCGGAUAUUACAGGGGAUCGGCCGAACUCGGUUGUCUCCUAAAGCAUGGACUGGAAGAGCCGUAAUGUCGCUCGGUACAGGGCCCAGCUCUCAAGAGGGACCUCGUCAGCAGCAACAGCAGUAGCAACGAGAGUUUUCCAAAGCUGGCCACGAUGAACCGAAAGCCUGCGCAUAUGCUUAACCUAGUGAGUUGUCUAACCACGACCCAAUUUCUGCCAAUAGCGGACAGAUGCCUCGAGUGCCCAUUCUGAGCUCUGCAAAGACACUCGGAUAGCUGCCUGUGAAUCCAUGGUGUGUGAAAGAGUGAAAUCUAACUCAUUUGGUACGGGUUGGAGGCCCUGUGUUAGGGUGGAGAUGCCUGAACAAUUGUCGCAACCGCACAAGAUGCAGUGAGUGGCGACGGUGGUGACAAGAGACUGAUGUCAGUAGAGGCCACACUCGCUGUCCUCGGACUAGAGAGGAGGGCCGCAGCACCUUUGUACUCAUGACGGCCAGCUCAGCCUUUGGCUUGACACGAUGUUUGAGCAGCGGAGGCCCUCAGGAACCACAUUUUAGUUUUCCUCGUGACAAAAAAUCGACACUGAGAAGUCUGACGUCGCCGAGCUGCACGGCCGGACUGAGGACCGUGAACCAAAGUUCAGCAAGAAGAGACGGAGAUGGUCACUUCGUGUUUAGAGACUGACAACUGUGGUGUGUGUGAUUAUUUGUCAACUGAAUAUGAUAAGUUAAUUUACAGGGUAAUUCGAUUCUAUAACGUGUUAUCCCCCUUGAGCGGAGCAGAGUAAUGUUUUAUUGAAUGUUAAUAUUCCAGUGGUAACUGUAUUCGUGUAUUUUUCACUGAUGUAGUGAAUUAUAUAUAUGAUGUAUAUAUGUUGGAGAAUACAAAAAAACACAUUUGCUGAAUACUCUUUAUAGCUUAUGGGCGACGUAGCAAUUUAUUUCCAUUCCAACUGCACUGAUAACUAUUGUUGAUCUGGGAAGCAGGGCAUGUGGUGUUAGAUGAGCAAACAUUAGUUUGUUUUUUGGUCUGGUGUCUGUUCUCUUCAAGCAUUUUACUCAAUAGCAAUGCAUAUUUUAUGUACCCACCCACGCCUCAAUCUCAAGACUCAGGAGGGUCCUCCUGUCUUUGGAAGUUUGGGCCAAUGCCAUGUGCUUGGCACAUGCGAGAAAGCCAGAGUGCCCAGGGAAACCCCAUAACGUCGUAAUAGCACUCAAAGCUCCACAGAUAGAUUCAAUAAUCCAUUUGCGUGCCGCCGCUGCCUCCUGGCCACCUCGCAGCCCAAGCCUACAGCACCAGGUAUUAACAGGCCUCUUCCAUUCAAGUUCUAGCCAGGCUCAACUUUGCUUAGCUUCUAAGGUCUUGCUGCAAGUUGCCAAAAAUUAUUUGGAUUGCUGAAAACAUUGUUGAAACAACACAAGGCUGGGAGGAGGCUUUGCCGGAUCAUGGUGAGCUCACGUACACGAGACACUCACAUGCAAAGGCAGUGACAGCUCUGCAGGAGGCUGUACAUCACUGAGGAUGCUACUCAUCUAUUUGUACAAAGUGUGAGCGUUAUGCCCCCAAAUGCAUGGUGUUUUUGCAAUGCAAACAUUUUGAUUUGCACAAAACAUCUAAUUUACCAAACAUCCAAAGUCGGAACCCUCCAGGCAUGAUACUUGGUAUGGAUCUCCUGGUGCGAUAUUUAUUAUCGUUAUAAUCACAGCUCACAGAGUUUAAGAGUUUUGAAAGGAUCGGGUGUGGACCAGAGAACUGGUGGUUAAUGGUGGUUAUUUCUGAAAGCGGUUCUCUUUUCAGACACGGUUCUGAAUUUGAUUUAAACUCGCAAUGCAUCACAAAUUCUGCUCUGUGAGCAUAUGCUUUUGCCUUCCACAGAAUUGGCUAUGGGGGGGACCUCUAUUAUUUGAUGAUUACAAUCAUAUAAAACCAAUCUCCUCUUACCUCUUUCGCACAUCUGUCGUGCCGGAGUUUUUUAAUCUCCAGCGAGAUCACUGCUGGAUGUGAAUGACAUCUCUCAUUCCGAUCCAAUAGAGGUAUCAAUUAUACAACCACUAAGGAACACAGUAUUAUUUUCAUUGGUCACAGUGAUUGUGACGAUAGGUGAACAAAUUAUAUAUUUUUGUAAGUGCAGUAAUACAAACCACACAAUUAAACACUGAUGUUUGUGUUUUUUGUACAUGAGGAUUUUAACACAAAUGAUAUAUUAAAUUCUGUUUAAUAUGAAUAUUAAUCCAACAGUCUCACUGUAUCUGUGAAGUACAACCAAUUUGCACUGGAAUUUAAUUCUGUAUGAUAUAUAUUGUUCCAUAUUGAAAAGAUGAUUGUAUUUACUUACAUGGUAGAGGGAGCACGCCAAAGUUCAAGUGAAUCUCAGAAAGCAUGUCGAUACGACUGGUUUUAUACUUUACUUAACGCUUAUCGGGACUUAUUUAAUGAAUUGUCUUCACUGUUAAAUGUCGGGUAUUCAGAAGUCCACAAUGUACGGUCAUGUUGACUCUGAAAGAUUAAAAAUCAAUUCCUACA